GUAGCACUCGAAAUAUUCAUCCUUCGUCGUAAUUCCACUUCAGUGACGUCACAUGAAAGCUGGUCGGUUUAUUUUCACCAUCGCCAGGAAGAAGCUCCGCCAACUCGGGGAGACCAGACGUUACGAAUCAAGCGCUCCCAACGCACACACGCUCGGUUUGAACUGCGCAACCUCUUCUCUGGGCUCUGAUUGGUCAGCGGGGCGGUGACAGCCGCUCGUGUAUGUGCGUGUGUGACAGCGGCAGCAGCAGCUAGCAUCACACCGACACACAACGUUAGCGAAGUUCACGAGAAGCAGCGGGCGGAUUUUAUAUCCGACACACCAGCAGCGGAGGGAACCUCAGAGAGAAAGGCAGACAUUACUCCAUCAGUGAGCAGGGGGAGGAUGACUGUCCCGGCGGGAGAGGGAUGAAGAUGACACCUCUGUUAUGGCGAGUGGUGUCAGUGUGGCUCUGUGUCGCUGUGCUCUCCUGGUACCCUAGUUGCUAUGUUGGUUGCACAGAGUCGCACCAAGAGGCCCAGAGGACCAUGGCCUCACAGGACGUCAGUCCGGAGGAAGAGUCAGGGGAAAAGACUCCUCCUGAAAAGGUUGAGGAAAGCUGGGUCUUGCCUGCCCAGGCCUUGUCUGACAAUGAGCCGCUGUUAGAAGAUAAUCAGCUAAACGAGGAACAGACAACACAGCACAUGGACAAAAAAGAACAAUAUUCAGAGGUCUUGGAUCAGGCCUUAGAAGUGAAAGCGCCCAAUGUUGAGGCAGAAGUGGAGGCAGACAAGGAUGUUUCACAAGCAGAGCCAGAACCUGAGCCAAGCUCAGAAAAUCCAAAUCAUGAAACCUCUGUCGUUGAAGAGCAUGAUUCACCUGCUCUGCUCCCAUCAUCUGACCCUGUCUCUGGUUUUUCCACUGAGCUUAAAGACAAUCCAAACAUCAUCACCCUUCAAGACAGUGUCACAAAAAAUGUUUUAGAUGAUGCAUCUGAUAAUGCUGCACCUGAUGUUGAAUCUGAACUGCCUCCUGCUGACUGUGAAGAAGAAAACAAUCCAUACAACAAUGAAAGCCCUCCUCCGAUUGUUCUAGAGAACACUUCCAAUGUUCACACUGCUGGUACCAAAUCCCACGCUGACCCUCCUCUGACUUCAUCAGUCGGAGACAGCCCACAGCAUCUGGAGGUCAACACAUCACAUGUGGUGAGAGAGCAGGACCUGAGCUCCCCUGUCACCACAGACACAGAUUCCAGUGUGAGCAGCAAAGACCCUGAGGACAUCCCCACUUUUGAUGAGUGGAAGAGAAAGAUGAUGGAGGUGGAGAAAGAGAAGACACUCUCUACUCACCCCUCUAACAAUGGUGGUUCUCAGACACUGAAGAAGGUCCAGAAGAACUUUAAUAACUAUGCCUCAGUGGAAUGUGGGGCCAAGAUCCUUGGUGCUAACCCAGAAGCUAAGAGUACUUCAGCGAUAUUGAAGGAGAACAUGGACUUGUACAUGUUAAACCCCUGUAGUAACAAGAUCUGGUUCAUCAUUGAGCUCUGUGAGCCCAUCCAGGUGAAGCAGCUUGACAUCGCAAACUUUGAACUCUUUUCCUCAACUCCCAAAGACUUCCUGGUCUCCAUAAGUGAUAGAUACCCAACAAAUAAGUGGUUAAAACUGGGAACCUUUCACGCCAGGGAUGAACGCACAGUCCAGAGCUUCCCAUUAGAUGAGCAUCUCUAUGCUAAAUAUGUGAAGGUGGAGUUGGUCUCUCACUUUGGGGCUGAACAUUUCUGUCCCCUGAGUCUCAUAAGGGUGUUUGGGACGAGCAUGGUGGAAGAGUACGAGGAGAUAGCUGAUCCCCCAGAAAGACCAGACGAUCAGGAUGAUGACCAGGAGUAUCCAUCUGGAUAUGCACCUGGUGAAGUCAAGUUAUCAAAGAAUCUGAUUGGCUCAGCAAAAGAUGUCAUUCUGAACAUGGUCAAUAAUAUUGCCGUCAAUGUUCUCGGUGGAGGCCCAGAGAUGCAAGUCAAUAUAUCAUCCCAGGAAGUGAACAUGACUGAGCUAUCAGCACAGAUUGAACCCACAAUUCAAACGACCUCCACAGAUCCUACUUCAGUUCCAGACUCUGAAGAGGCACUUAUUUUACCAGACCCCGGUAUCCUUGAAACUGGAGCCCCAUUGUCAGAGAACCCUGAGCCAGAGAUACCUGAUACUGAAACUAGCCAUCAAGAGCUCCCCCUAGUGGAGGAAAAUAUUAUUAAACCUUUAGAGAAAGAUAAAGAAGAACAUAUCAGCUCUACAAUCACCCUUCUGGAAAAGGAGGAGGAGGAAGUGGAUGAAGAAAAAGCGAACAUGGACAAUCACAAGCGACAAGAUAAUCAGCAUUACUGCGCACUACUUCCUUCAUUUUCUUCUUCGUGCUCUUGUACAGCUUCCUUCCAGGAAUAUCUGCUUCGGCAGUGUUCAGCCCUGCUGUCCAAAAAAAGGAAAUGCCAAACAACGGAUAGAAAGCAGAGGAUUCCUUCUACAACACCCACCUGGCACCUACCCCUGUCCCCCUCCGCCUGCCCUGAGCCUCAGCUGCACCACACAGAGGUACAUCAGCUCCCUGAAAAGGAACAUGCUUCAGUGCAGGAGCCAGAGAGUGGAGCCAGCCCAUCAGAAGCCCCACAGCCUCAGGGGAACACAAUAGAAUCUCAUAAAGAGCCUGUUUCUGAACCUCCUUUGCUGGAGCCCAGUCAAAUAUCGAGCCUCCCCAAAUCCAGUGCCACCGAUUCAUCUGCCACCAAACCUACUCCUAUUGUGGAGAAGCCACAGCCGACUCCUGAGGAAACGGCGAUGGAGCAAAGGCCAGAAAAGAGCCUGGAUGUGUUAGCUACAGAGAAGUACACUGAGCCAUCAGUCUCUCUCAGUAGCUCCAUCAAUGUGAAACCCAGUGUCACUGCACCAGUUGACAAUGUCUCAGUUGAGCCAACUGAGGAACAGCCUGAUGUUGAUGUUUCUCAGUUAGAAUUAAAUACCCCUGUCCAAAUCCCAGACAAAACAGAUCAUUCUCAGCUGCUCCCUCCUACCAGCUCUGUUCAUUUAGAGCAUCACCCUGACCCACCAGCUGUAUCUAAAAGUAGUACCACUUCCCCAGAGCCGUCCCACCCUGCUCCAGACCCUGUCACAGAACUAGAGCCCUCUGGUGGCCCUGCACUCAUCACUGAGACUAAAAUGGAGGAUCUCACAGAAGACAUCUCUACAUCAUCAGGUGGUAACCUGCUUCAUCCCUUACCUGUCUCACCAUCCCUCUCGGACAUCUAUGCGGAGACCCCCAAUGGCACAGAGCAGAACAGCAACCUGGUGCACGGCUCCAGCCAGAAGGAGUCUGUGUUCAUGAGACUGAACAACCGCAUCAAGGCCCUGGAGAUGAAUAUGUCCCUCAGUGGACGCUACCUGGAGCAGCUAAGUCAGAGGUAUCGUAAGCAGAUGGAGGAGAUGCAGAAAGCUUUCAACAAAACCAUCAUAAAACUCCAGAACACCUCAAGAAUAGCAGAGGAGCAGGACCUGCGUCAGACUGAGUCCAUUCAGUUGCUCCAGGGCCAGCUGGAGAAUGUGACUCAGCUGGUUCUCAACCUGUCAGACAGAGUGAGCCAGCUGCAGAAUGAGGUGUCUGACAGGCAGAACUACCUGGUGCUGUCUCUGGUGUUGUGUGUGUGUCUCGGCCUGUUACUGUGUGCAAACCACUGCCGCAUCUCCACGAUUCCUCCAGCCACAGAACCAGAGCCCCCCAUACCCAAGAGCUACACCUACUGCUGCCCUGAAAGGCAGUUCUCUCCCUGUGAUGAGACGGGCUUGAAGAGGAGUGCGUCCUAUCCAUUGAUACACUCUGAGUCAUUCCAGUUAGCCACCAACGAAGGCCCUGAGAUGCUGCACGCUGGGGAGACACUGAGUCUUUGUCCAGCUAACAGAAAGAGGAGACGUCGUAAGAUGAAGCCCAUUGACAAAGUGGAGACUCUGAAACCCUCCUUCCACGCUGCUUCAGAACUGAGUAAUGGAGCUGUUUUGUGUAAUGGUGUGCCCAUCACCACCAUCCCCACACCCUUUACAAAAAGAUUGCUCCAGCCUCUCUUUAGAGACUCACUGUCAGAGGGAAGCUCCGAGGGAUCCUCACAUUCAGACGACCCCUCCUUCUGUGGCAUCACCACAGCCUGCUCCCGAAUCUGCGACGGCCUCCCUCAGCCCAAGACCCGGGCGGAGAAACGGGCUUUGAGACGCCGGCGUCCCAAGCCUGGCUGCGCGGUGGUGGACUUGCUUCAAGUUCCACAGAGGGACAGGAGGGAACCGUUGCCCAUGUCUACCAUAGAGGACAUCAUGAACAGGAAAACAGAGCAAAGCUCAGGGACGUUUGGAGUGAACGUUGCCCUCUCAGGUCCUGUCUGACAGAAGAGAGGAGGCGAACUUCAAUAGGCUCCACUUCUCCUCACUCACUGCAAAACUCUUUCUAAAAGAGGAUGAAUGUUAAUUUCUGUAGCCACAGGCAGCUUUAAGCUCCAUGAUGAGACUGUCCCUUCACUCUCACUGUUCACUUUUGUUUUCUGUUCAUGUUCUCUGUUCCGCUCCUAUCUGACCUUUUUGUAUUUGUUAUACUUCAAGUCAAAGAAAUGUCUUCCCGGCUUAAGAUUAAAGCUUUUCUGUUGUGUUUGAAAAUGUUGUAACCAUUGACCUACAAUUUAACACAAUGGAUUCAGCAGAGGCUUAUUUUCUAACACACAUUCACUCACUUUGGUGAAGACAUUUCUGUCUUUAAAGAAUCUAUCUCAUUUUUCUGUCUGUUCUUUUUUGUCUCUCUUAAAUCUCCUGCCAGGAAAUUGCUUCUGACCUUCAAGCAAAAGCAGAAGACUUACUUUUGUCAGUUUCACCUUCAGAGUAAAAGCAGGGAAACAUUGGGUAAACUAUAGGGUGUUAGAGCAUCAACUUCGCUGACAUUCUUUUAGCAGGUCAAUGAUCCCCUCCUCUUAGCUUCAGGGGUGUUGUUCUGUUACUGACCCUGAGUCAUGGGGGGAAUAAUGUUCUCCUCUCCAGUCUGAGAACACAGCAUUAAGAAACUGCUUUUUAUUGUUGACUUGUAUUCGUCUGCUUGUAUUGUUAUACCAGUGCAGUGCCCGUUCAAAACAUAGCUGUUUGCUUGGCCUGUGGUGAUGUUGGUUGGAACUUUCUCACUGAAACUGUAACAGUGACCUGCAGUAAUUGGGCCAUGGUGACUUAAAAUCUGCUACAGGACUCGGUCCAUAGAACUGUGAAGCUGCACAGAUAGCUCAUCACCUGCUUAUUCAAAUUUCGCAGAAUCCAGUUGCCAUUGUUUUGGAUGCACUGUUGUCAUGAUCAACAACGUCAGAGCACUGGUCGCCUGUUUGUGUGAAUGCAUCAUGGGUCCAAGUCGUGCCAAAUUCAAAACUGCUCUUCCUUUGGCUUGAACAAUACACAUGUCAAGUGUGAAGCCGAUUGAGUGAAUGGUGUUUGAGAUAUUUCUUGGAUUAUUGAUGUAGUUCAGCAGCAGAAACAAGAUAUUUAUUAUGUAAGAGUUUGACAGUUGUAGUUACAGAAUGGUACUAGAACUAGAAUGGCACACAGUAGAGUGCAACAUGGGGCGAACAAGUUGUCUGAACCCAAAUUAUUUAUUUGAUUUAAAACAUAGUUGAAGAAAGUAAUCUGUCUCGUAGUCUGCAUCUCAAUAUCUCUUCCCAGGCCCCAUCACUCCAAGUUUGGUGGAAAAUCAAUUCAGUAGUUUUACUUAAAACAUGACCUCCAAGGCAGAGAGGUAAAAGAUCUACAGACAGACACUACAAGAUCAGAAAUGACGGAAAGAGAUUGCAACAUGGCUGAAAUCAUGUCAGAGUUGGAUGGGUCACAGAAUAUAUGGUCACG